UUUUUUUCUUUGUUUUUUUAUUAAACGCCCGCUCAAAAUUGCAUUGUACUUUUUUAUUUUUAUUUAUUUUAUCUCAUUCACACAUAAUCUUUUCUCUUCUUUUUAAUUUUUAAUUUUAAUUUUUCUCAAAUGGCCACCACACUGCAGACACUGCCCAAGCAGAUACUCGAAAAAAUAGUCUACCACUACUACGACCGGCAACUACCCAAAUUCCACCCGAAAUUUUACAAAGUCUAUGAGGAUUUCCGGCAACUAUCACAGCUCUGCCACAGCCUGCGACAAGUAGCGCGGCCAUACACUUACAGAAGGGUAAUAUUUGAGCGAUACAACCUUGCAGUUGAGGGCGUUGAGCCCAAUGGACUGACACACGAGGCAUUGAUGGCUGCGAAGAAACUGUCGCCGGUUACACGGUGGAAAUCAAACCACCGGUUGAUUGAGAAGCUGGGAUUGUUUGAGCAGGUUGAGGAGGUGGUGCUGAGCACGUAUGAUCGGUAUCCGGAUCCGAAAGACGUUCUGGAGAUGCUAAGGCAGCGUGGAUUUAAUCGACACAUGUAUCCGAAUGCCACAGUGCUCAUUGUGAAUUUCAAGUCGGACUAUGACCUGGACGACAAGGCGGUGGCAGCAGCUUCAGUGAAAGCAGCUGGAGCCGGAGCCGGAGCCAGCACAGCAGCGGCAGUGGCGGCGGACGUAGAGAGCUGUGGCGAGUGGAUCCCCGACCAGGCAUUCAGUGACCUGGCACAGUAUCUUUUGGCGGCGCUGCCCAGUGUGGAUACUCUGUGGAUGGACGACAAUCGGUGCUCGCGUGUUGGGCCGCGCAGCGCCAUGACUCCGUAUAUUGCAGCGCACUUGGAGAAGCUCAAGCGCAUGCAUUUGCGGUUCUCCCAUAUGCCGGCAUUUGGAGUCAAGGUGCUGCCGCCGCAGAUCACGCAUCUGACUAUUUCCGUGCACAGCGCGUACGAUUAUGUUGAUAUUCCGCGCAUCGUUACGCCAGCGCUGCAGUCACUGACGCUGAGCGCGAUUCCGAUCCACUACUUGUGGGACCGGUUCUGCCAGUCACCUGUGGGAAGCGCCGGCAGCAAAACGCAGCAGCUGGAGACGCCGGGGAUCAUUGAUUUUCCCGAGCUGCGCGAGCUCAACCUGACGUUCCACGUGCCAUACCGCACGGUGCCGUCGGGCAAGAGCGAGGAGGACCUAGUGUGGGAGCGGUACAACAAGGAGGGGCCAGAGCCCAAGCCCCCCGUUAGCUACAAGGGCAACCCGCGUCUAAAGACCAUCUCGAUUAAGGAGCGCACACCCAAGUACACUGUGCUGCGCACGGACACGCGACGACCGCGGUUCCCCAAGCUGCGCCACCUCAACCUGAACAUGUACCCGGGCCGCGUACAUGAGUUUCUGCGGGACAUCCCGACCGAGCAGCUCUUGUCGCUGAGCAUUUCCGGCGACCUUGUCGCGUACAAGGCCCUGAGGCUGCGCGGAUUCGCGUCCCUAGUUUCUGUGGAUAUCUCGCACUUCUCGGUGUCGCGCCAUAGGCACUCUCCGCACGCCAACCGCCUGCUCGCGCAUGUGCUGGCACUGGCAUCGCCCAGUCUGCGCACAAUGUCCAGCACGAUGUCCUCGGAUUACCGCCUGGCCCUGCCGCCCCCCGGCCGUAUCCUCUGCACGCACCUGCGCAGACUAACCCUGACUGCGCAGAUCAGCUACGCGGAUGUCCCUGAUCUUUUGCGCAGGCUGCCCUUGCUGGAGCACUUUGAACUGCAGCGCGCCCUGCUGGUUACUCCACCGGCUGAGGCGCUGACACCGGAAGGCCUGGCGCGGCAUUUUUUGAUGUCUGAUGAUAAGAGCCCAGUGAGUACGAGCGUGAUAAAGUUUGCGCCGGAUGUGAUGUGCCGAAAUGCAACAGAUGAGCUGGUGUUUUAUAAUAUUUUCAUGCUGAUUUCGAGGAUGCCCUCGCUGUGUGUUUUGAAGAUGUUUAGCUUUUACUCGACACAUUUCUUUGAUGAAUUGCUGCCGAUGCUGAAUAUUCCAAGCCUGUUUCCGUUUAUUCGCCAUUUGAUCAAGCUAGAAUGCGUUGAUCGGUAGAACAAUAAGACAUUCGCGCAUUUAUGAUACAUGUACUUUUAAUAUAAUUGUUAAAAUUGAGAAUGACAACUUGUAAAAAAAUAUUUAAAUGUAAAACUCAAUUGUGCGUAUUCAUUCGAAAGUCGCUUUGCUUUUUUGUUUUUGACCCGU